CCGUUUGGCUCGUUUGCCUUGUUUGCCUGCAACGGUACCAACUCGCGCGGUGCUAGACGCGUCAGCUGAGGCUCUAUCCGAUCAAUCUCCGAACAAUUUUACACGCAAAAUAAAAGGAGAAACACCCUGUCUUCUCCACCGAUUAAAAGGAGUUCCCAGAACGGGGAUUUAGAAAGGAUGGCAGCUCUCGCGAUGCUCAGAACUCUACGGAAUCGCUCCUUUACUUCGUUCUCGCCACUCCGACUCCCCAUUCGCAGCGCCCUUUCCAGAUUCAUUAGCACAUUGGUUGUAGCUGAACAUGAUGGUGGAUCUAUAAAACCAUCAUCUUUGAGUGCAGUAGAAGCUGCAGCAGCUAUUAGUAGAGAAAAUUCUAUUUCCGUUCUCUUGGGUGGGUCAGGUCCAGACAUUGGAAAAGCUGCUUUGCAAGCUGCAUCAAGUCAUCCUUUGAUUUCCCAGGUGCUUGUUGCUGAUGCAGAUAUAUUUUUGCAUCCUCUAGCUGAAACUUGGGCUGAACUUGUUCAUCUGGUUCAACAAAAAGGUGGUUAUUCACACAUAAUUACUGCUUCAAAUUCAUUUGGGAAGAAUAUUCUACCACGUGCUGCAGCUCUGCUUGAUGUCUCACCUGUUACAGAUAUCACUGAAAUAUCUGAGCCACAUCUGUUUGUAAGGCCAAUAUAUGCUGGAAAUGCUCUUUGUACUGUUCGUUAUGUUGGCAAAGAUCCUUGCAUGAUGACCAUUAGGUCCCCAUCAUUCCCCAUGCACUCUGAAUCAGCUGAGCCAAAAUCUGAAGCAGCACCUAUCUCUCAGGUUGAUCUCUCAACCUUUAAUGAAGAAUUCUUUGGGAAGUCUCGGUGGUUGAAACUUGCAUCUCAGGAUACAGAACGACCAGAUCUAGGAAAUGCACGUGUUGUGGUCACAGGGGGCCGAGGGUUGAAAAGUGCCGAGAACUUCAAAUUAUUAGAGAAGCUUGCUGAAAAGCUGGGUGCAGCAGUUGGGGCCACUCGAGCUGCUGUGGAUGCAGGAUUUGUGCCGAAUGAUCUCCAGGUUGGUCAGACUGGAAAAAUUGUUGCUCCAGAACUGUAUAUGGCUUUUGGGGUUUCAGGAGCCAUCCAACACUUGGCUGGAAUGAGAGAUUCAAAGGUCAUUGUGGCUAUAAACAAAGAUGCAGAUGCACCCAUAUUUCAGGUUGCAGAUUAUGGGCUUGUUGCUGAUUUAUUUGAUGUAAUCCCAGAAUUGAUAGAGAAGCUGCCAGAAAAGAAGUGAUCCAUCUGCUAAUAAAAUUCAUUUCCUCAAGACAGCCUGUUUUAUGAAGACUUGAUCCAAGCUGUAUGAAUGAGGAAGGCAAAGUUUCUGGAUUUCUUGCAAAGAAAUGCAUCAUCAAAUUUUACAGUCUCCAUGUCCUGAUGACUGGAAAAGUAAAAUAAGAAACACUACUUGAUGCAAGUCCAAAAGGUUAUACCUGCAGAAACCUCUCAUUAUGGCAUCAGAGUAAAAUCUUGGAUGCCGUGGAUUUCAUGGGAUUUUUCUGAACUAUUGAAUGAAAGAGUAGUGGGAUAUGUAAGAAUCAUGACUGUGUAAUAUAAUAUUCUCAUAUAAAGCCAUCAGCUAUGAUUCAAAGAGGCCUUGAUCUUUC